AUGGGAGGAGUCAUGCUUCACGCAGCCAAAUUUUGCUGGCAACUACUUCUGUGUGUGACCAUGGUCUUGGUCUAUUUGGGAUUUUCAGUUGGCUGUCCAGCACGUUGUGAGUGCUCAGCACCAAACAAGUCUGUCAGCUGCCAUCGCAGACGUCUCAUUUCCAUCCCAGAGGGCAUACCUAUUGAGACUAAAAUCUUGGAUCUAAGCAAGAACAAAUUAAAAAGUGUGAAUCCAGAGGAUUUUUUGUCUUAUCCUCUACUGGAGGAGAUAGAUCUUAGUGACAAUAUCAUCUCAAAUGUGGAGCCUGGAGCUUUUAAUAGUCUUUUCAAUUUGCGCUCUUUACGCUUAAAGGGAAAUCGCUUAAAACUGGUAUCUUUAGGAGUGUUCACAGGUUUGUCGAACUUAACAAAGCUUGAUAUAAGUGAAAACAAGAUAGUCAUUUUACUAGACUACAUGUUUCAGGAUCUUCAUAAUUUAAAAUCCCUUGAAGUUGGAGAUAAUGAAUUAGUUUAUAUAACGCACAGGGCCUUCAGUGGACUUCUUAGUCUGGAGCAACUUACUUUGGAAAAAUGCAAUUUAACGGCUGUACCAACUGAGGCUCUGUCUCACCUCCAUAACCUUGUUAGUCUACAUUUGAGAAAACUUAACAUUAAUACACUCCCUCCAAUUGCCUUUAAGCGAUUGUUCCGUUUGAAAAUUCUUGAAAUAAGCAAUUGGCCUUUGCUGGGUAUGGUACCAGCUAAUAGCUUUUAUGGACUGAACCUCACUUUUCUCUCAAUAACCUAUACUAAUAUAUCUAUGAUACCUUAUCAUGCUUUAAAACAUCUAAUUUACCUGACACACUUAAACCUGUCCUUUAAUCCUAUUAGCGUCAUUGAGACGGGUAUACUAGCUGACUUGGUGCGUCUUCAGGAGCUGCACUUGGCGGGAGCUCAGUUGCAUACCAUUGAGCCACAAGCUUUCCAAGGUCUACGUUUCCUUCGAUUACUUAAUGUGUCUCAGAAUCUCUUGGAAACAAUAGAAGAGAAUGUUUUCCAUUCACCUAAAGCACUGGAAACACUUUGUAUUGAUAACAACCCACUAAUUUGUGAUUGCCGCCUCAUGUGGAUGCUACAGAGACAUCCUGCAUUGAAUUUUGGAAGCCAACAACCAAUGUGUGCCAGUCCAGAUAAUGUUCGAGAAAAAGCUUUCAAGGAAUUUCAAAGCACUGUAUUGUCUUUUUACUUUACGUGUAAAAAACCUAAGAUACGUGACCGGGAAAUGCAGGAGUUGUACGUGGAUGAGGGCAAGAGGGUACAGAUGAAUUGCAAUGCAGAUGGAGAUCCUCAGCCUAUGAUUUCUUGGGUGACCCCACACAAGAGGAUGGUUUCAUCUAAAACCAAUGGAAGAGCCACUGUGCUUGUAAAUGGCACAUUGGAAAUAAGGUACGCCCAAGCUGAAGACACUGGAACAUAUGUCUGUGUUGCUAGCAAUGCUGCUGGAAAUGAUACCUUCUCAGCUUCACUUACUGUGAAAGGAUUUGUAUCUGACCGUUCAUUUACAAACAUAACACCAAUGUCUAUUACAGAGCUAAAUGAAACCAACACCAAUGGAACCAAUGCAAAUAUGACAUUUUCACUUGACCUUAAGACUAUAUUGGUGUCUACAGCAAUGGGUUGCUUUACAUUCCUGGGAGUGGUUUUGUUUUGUUUCCUACUCCUUUUUGUGUGGAGCCGAGGGAAAGGGAAGCAUAAAACCAGCAUUGACCUGGAAUAUGUUCCACGCAAAAACAAUGGGGCAGUAGUGGAAGCUGAUGUUACAGGUACAGUACCCAGGAGAUUUAAUAUGAAAAUGAUCUAG